AAGAAAGAAAUUAUCCACCAGAAAUGCCUUCUAUAACUGAUUAUUUUUAUGAAUAUUUAAAUGAUGAUAUAUUUGAAAAAAUUGUGUAUUAUACAAAUUUAUAUGCCAUACAAAAUUCGCAAACUAGAUAUAAACCCACCAAUUGUAAUGAAAUAAAAAAGUUCAUUGGGAUUCAUUUGAUAAUGGGCUGUCUAAAGUAUCCGCGUGUUCGUUUAUAUUGGGAGAAUGCUACUGCAGUGAAUAUUAUUAUUGAAAAUAUGUCCAGAGAUCGAUUUUUCACAUUACGUAGAAAUUUUAAUUUAAUCGAUAAUACUGAAAUUCCAAAAAAUAAUACACAUAAAUUUAUAAAAGUUCGUCCUUUAUACGACGCAAUUAAUAAAAAAUGUAAUAGUUUGCCGGUAGAACGAAGGUUAAGUGUCGAUGAACAAAUGGUUCCCUAUAAAGGACAUUUGCAAAUGAAGCAAUAUGUAAAAGGUAAACCCUGCCCAUGGGGUAUAAAAGCAUUUUUACUAUGUGGUGAAAGUGGUAUGGUUUACAAUAUACUGCUUUAUCAAGGGGCUACCACUGAACUAGAUACAAGUACACAAAAAAAAUUUGGUCUAGGCGCUAGUGUAGUAUUACAUUUAACAAAACACCUUAAAAAAAAUAGGCAUUUUCUUUUUUUUGAUAAUUUUUUUUCAACGUUUAAUUUAUUUGAACAGUUGCAAGCCAACCAAAUAUACUCUGUUGGUACUAUUCGUACUAAUAGAUUCGCAGAUCCACCCUUAUUAACCGAUAAACAAUUAGCCAAAAUGGGGAGAGGUACAGCCUUUGAAAUUUCAACUAAGAUGGAGAAUUUCAAUUUAUGUAUGGUGAAAUGGUAUGAUACAAGGUCUGUUACCUUAGUUUCCAAUUAUAUAGGAUCCGGACAAAUGGACACUGUAAGACGUUGGGAUAAAAAAUUAAAAAUGUACGUCAAUAUUGAAAGGCCGGAAAUAAUAACAGCAUACAAUACAUCAAUGGGUGGUGUCGAUAAGGUAGACCAACUCAUCAGUUAUUAUAGAACAUUUAUACGUUCAAAAAAAUGGACACUACGAAUGAUUGUACAUGCUUUCGAUCUAAUAGUUGUUAACUGUUGGAUACAAUAUAAAAAAGACGCUGACCAUUAUAACAUAAAUAAAAAUAAAAGAAAAGAUCUGCUACAUUUCCGAAUGGCACUUGCGGAAAAUCUCAUAAAAGUAGGCCAAAAUGUACCAAUAAAACGCAGGGGAAGACCUCGUGCAGACACAGGAGAUAAUAAUGAAGUUUCAACGAUACCCAAAGUACGAAAAGUCGAUUCUAGUCAGCCAACAGAUGAUGUGCGAAAAGAUAAAUUUGAUCAUUUUCCUGAGUUUGAUACAAAAGGCCACACUUCGAGAUGCAAAAAUCCUGGAUGUAAAAGAAAAACGCACAUAUUUUGCAUAAAAUGUAAUAUCCACUUAUGUCUUGAUGGUACAAGUAAUUGUUUUUAUAAUUUUCAUCAGUAAAAUGUUAACGAAAGUUUUUUUUAAUAUUUUUUUAUAUAAUAUGGGUAAUAUAUAAAAUAUUAUUAUUUUUUUUUUUUUUUUAUCACAGGUAAUACACACAAAGAUUUGUUUUUAUUUUGUUUUUAAUUAAAGUUGUUUUUAUAAGUAUAAAUAUAUUUCUUUUAUUAUAUUAUAUUG